GUUGUCCACCCAGUCAGUGGGGAUGCCCUUCCUGUUAACACUGAAGGUCAAAUCUGUCUACGAAGUCCCACCGUGAUGCAAGGAUAUUUGAGCGGCGCCCAAGUUAGUUCGAACGUUGUCGACGCUGACGGCUGGUUCCAUACUGGGGAUAUUGGAAUGAUGGAUCAUGUAGGACAAACAGUUAUUGUUGAUCGACAGAACUCAUCACAAGUAAACGCAAGUAUGUGGAAGGAAAACACGGCUGAGCAGAUCAUGCCAUUUUGA